CAGUAAUAAGCUAGCAGCACGAAUCCUUUUCAGGAUAUUCAUAGCUCAUUAGAACCUACAUUACGCACAUACUCCCGACUCGAAAGCGAUUUGACAGUUGAGGUACUUCCCUCGUAAGACUAAUGUUUGGUUCCGAAUCUAAAUCUAAGUCCAACAUUUUUCAACUCGAUGGUCUUUAGUCUAAGGUCAUAUCUAAUUCUUUUUCUUUGUUUAAUAGGUUUUCUUACAGCUAUGCGACAAGAAGUGACACGAAUACAUAAAGGAUGGUCACUUGAUACUGUAACAAUAGAUAAUAUUGUACUUCGUUCAUACAAAGAUGAUAUUCGAGAAGCACCGACUGAAGGUGUUUAUGUAUAUGGUCUUUAUUUGGAAGGUGCUGGUUGGGAUAGAAAAAAUACUCGUUUACAUGAAUCACAAAAUAAAGUUGUUUAUGUUCAAAUGCCUGUUAUACAUAUAUUUGCUAUAAAUCCAUUUGUAACUAAUCAAAAAACUGGAAUAAUUACUAAUAAAAAAUUACAAUUAAAUCAAAUAUCAUUUCGAACAAAACGAAAUGAUCAAAUUUCAAUUGCACCAUAUAUUUACAUGUGUCCAGUCUAUAAAAAACCAAUACGUACAGAUCUUCAUUUUAUAACUAUGCUUAAAUUAGCAUCGAAUGAUAUUCCUGAACAUUGGAUUUUACGUGGUGUUGCUUUACUUUGUGAUAUCAAAUAA